CUUCUGCCGUUGUAUAUAAACGGCCCCUCCUUCCCCCCCCCCCAUCCGGGACGGUGGCACUGCAGGGUCGGCACCGCGAUCCCGUGCCCACUGUGUCCUCCGGACACAGUGAAACACCGAUCAUCGGACGGGACCUCUGUACGAGGUCCCGAUCAUGUGAUCACUGAUUGGCCAAUCAGUGAUCACAUGCAAAGUAGUAAGCAAGAUGUCACUUCUGACAUCAUUGCUUACUAUGUGUGAAAUCUGUGAAUGAUCAGAGGUCACAUGGUACAAGGC